CAAUAUUUAUGUUGAAAAGGCGCUUGAAUCAGUUCUACAGAUCACAGACAGACUUUGGGCUGUUAUUGCAAUUCUCUAGACAGCUUGUGAAAGUUAUUUCCCAAUAUCUUCACAGCUUUAAACAGAGUGACUUUGUAUACAGGCUGUUUCGUUUUUUCUGAGUGAUGUGUGUGAUUGUUCAGUUCCAAUAUAAGUUAAGAGUUCACUGAUCCUAAUCAACAGCAACAACUUCGAUAAAGACUAAAGGGAAUGGUUUUCCAAAAAUGGGCAGUCUGUUCAAACAGUCUCUCAGCGGAAAUAUUCAUAAAAUCAGAGAGUUUGAGUUAGAAAAGGUUAACUUGGCCGAAGAAUUCGAUAUUCUUCAGAUAGUAGGUGAAGGUUGGUUUGGAAAAAUCCUCUUGGUGGAGCACAAGGCAACUGACACUGAAAUGGUGUUGAAAGCCCUGCCUAAACCAUACACAGCACUUAAGGACUUCUACAGAGAAUUUCAUUAUGGAUUGCAUUUGGGAAUCCACAGGAAUAUUAUUACAGCGUAUGAUGUUGCAUUUGAAACCGCUGGAUUUUAUGUUUUUUCGCAAGAAUAUGCACCAUUAGGAGACCUAACUUCCAACGUCUCAGAAAUUGGAAUUGGCGAACUUCACACCAAAAGAGUCGCGAAACAAUUGAGCGCGGCAUUGGAGCACAUGCAUGCAAGAGAUCUGGUUCAUAGGGAUGUGAAACUUGACAAUAUUUUAGUGUUCAAGUCGGACUUUUCUCGCAUCAAACUGUGCGAUUUUGGCGAAACUCGUAGAGUAGGUUCUAUUGUACUCAGAAGAAACGAAUGGCUGCCUUAUGCCGCUCCCGAGGUGCUUCAGGUGGCUACAGAUGGAAGUUAUAUGGCAGCAACUUCUCACGAUGUUUGGCAAUUCGGGAUUGUGAUAUUCGUCUGUCUCACUGGCUGUCUUCCUUGGCAAAAAGCUGCGAUGGACGACCCCAGAUACAUAAGAUACCUGUCGUGGCAAAAUUCCAACAUACCUUUGAAGAGGCAACCUAAGCUGUUCAAAUUAGUAUCAUCGAAAGCUCAGCGACUUUUCAAAAAAUAUUUGGAACCCAGGCCAGACAAAAGGCCAUCCAGUUUAGGGGAAGUUCACAGAUAUUUAGAUGAUAGGUGGAUGUCCAAAGGUAUGGAAAAAAGUAACGAAACUCUUAAAGAAGACGAGGGACUAUGUCCUUCUAUGUACAGCUUUCACAGCAGUCCUGAAGAAAAAAACAAGUUACUAUUCACACUAACCCAGUACGGUUUGGAAACAACCGUUGAUAGGGUAGCUAAAAAGGACAGGAUCAGGGAUUGGAUCCAAAAUAGCGUUAUCGAAGAAGACGAUGAAGUCGAAGAAGUGGACGAGGAAAAUAUCAAGAUUCUUGAUGACGAAAGCGAUCCUGUAGGGGAACGAGCACCCCUCUCCGAAAGAAAACUGAAAAAUGAACACCUCAAACCUCAUAACGCGGUUAAGAGAGAAAGAAGAAUAUCAAUGGCGAAAAAAGACACUGUUUAUAAACCGCCCAUUGAUCCAAGAAUACCCCUUCAAGACCAAAAAGCGCUCACCACGGAGAAAGAAAAGGCCAAAAGUUCAUCAUCAGAGGAGAAAAAGGAUAAGCCGGAGGAUCGAAGACCUUCACAUGCUGGAGGAAUAGCUCAGAGUUUGCCGUUCGUAUUGAAAUUAUCAAACUCAUUAACUUCAUCUGAAAGCGCUUUCAGUAGUGAUUCUAGUAUCACAGUUAAACAUAAAAUAAAUGUUCAAAUACCACAGUCUGCGCUUGUUAGCUCUAAUGGUUUAUCAAAGGAUCGACAUGCCAGAUAUAAAUAACGAAAAAUAUAACGAUAUAGAAGGAAUGGAAAUGUACUUACUGAAAGUACAAACAGUCCAACGAUGAUUUCAAAAAAAAUCGUCUUGAUACAGACAGAACAAAAGAAGCAUUCGUGUCAAUAAGUAUGUUUUGACAAAUGCCUCCACAUUCCCAUAGUUUACUGGGUAUGAAGAAACGUGAUUAGAUAUAGAUUCAAUUUUUCGUCGAAUUUGAUAUUUAUUUGUCAUUAUUUGCUCAUUCCCUUGAUUUAUAUAUUGAUGAAAAUAUAUCAUAUGAAUUAAAUCGUG